UAGAUUGCCACCAACAGCGCGCUGUUAACUCGCCAGUCGCAGUCAGCAAGCGUUGCGAGGUCCGCUCAUUUCUGUUAGAGUGCUUGGAGACUUCACUUCGCGUUUGGAGGAUCAGAUCCACGUUGGUUUUUGGCUUCAAUUACCCACAACUGUCAUCGUCAGCCCAGUCAGCGCCUUGCUAACUAAACUAGAUAAUAAAGUAAUCACAACCCCGCGCUCCCCUCCCUCUCUCUCGGUCGUGUUAGUGCGCCCCGCGAUUCUUAAAAGAAAAUAAUUAAAAAGGAAAGCAAAAGGAAAACUGACAGCGUUUUCCUAUCGCAGCUGAGAAAAACCGCAGGACGCAGCUCAGCAGCAGCGUCGCAGUCGUGUGCGUUGUGCAUAAGAAAUAAAGAAGAAAAAAAAUCUUGAAAAAAGAAAUCCUGUAAUAUUGCAGAAAAAACCGUAAUUCGCCACUUGAAACGAAGGAAAUACGAGGAAAAACAACUGCGUCGUGCACCAUUUUGUGAUAUAUUUUUGCCCUCCUCCUUUUUCAACGAUCCCUGUGCAAUUCUCUGUUAAAGAAAAAAAUUAAAAUAAUUACUAGCAACCAAUUGAAUUUCUGCGAGACCAACAUAACAUACAAAUUUCUAACUACUGUGAUCCGAACAAAGCUAUAAGUUUUUGUUUCAUGCCUGUGUAAUUUCCACCCACAACGAAUUGAAAAACUCGUACUCCGGAUUAUUUGCGGCAGUCACGAAGCAAAAAACAUAAGCGCAGCCUAAUAAUUGGACGAACUGAUUAAACAACAGUUAAAACAAGGCCCGCAAAAACAACGGCGGAUCAACAGUUGCCAGUUGCGAGUCGCAAGUUGCAAGUCGCUAGUUGCACGUUGCCAAUCUGAAAAUUGCACGCUUCCACGACUGAGAGCAGGAAGGAAAGGAAUCGCUGCCGCAGCAGGAAGCAGACGAAACUUCGCUGGGCGAAAGUAAAAGCAGGCUAGGCAAAUCAAGCAAAUCAAACAAAGAAACCGACCGCACAGAAACACAAAGGCGCUCUAGCCAGCCAUGGAACGUGAAUCUAACCCAAUGCAACCCAUGUGCCGCUCCGGUUGCGGCUUCUAUGGUAAUCCAGCCACAGAUGGUCUCUGCUCCGUAUGCUAUAAGGACUCGCUUAGAAAAAAGCAACAGCCACCUGUGAGCAGCACACCUGUCUCCGUUCCAAGCCCACAACCUAGCCCCACAUUCAGUCCGGCCAUCGCAAUCACCAACACCGCACAGCCCACAGUCACCAGUUUACAACAGCCACACAACGAUGUCAAAGAGAAAAUCACCGAAGAAGCCACGGCUGCUGCCAAAGUCAACAGCGAAGCCAUCACAUCGGCGACUGGUCCAAACACUUCCACACAAGCAGCCGCCUCCGCCAACGAGGAGGAUGACAAGGACAAGGAAGACGAUAAGGAUGCCAAAAAGAAGAAGAACCGAUGUGGCGAGUGCCGCAAGAAAGUUGGACUGACCGGUUUCCAGUGUCGCUGCGGCGGUCUGUACUGCGCCGUGCAUCGUUAUUCUGAUAAACAUAAUUGCACAUUCGAUUAUAGAGAGCAUGGCGCACAGGAAAUCCGACGCAACAAUCCGGUUGUCGUUGGCGAGAAGAUUCAAAAGAUUUGAAUUUCGAUAUUGUGCCAGUAACAGUAACAGUAGCCGUAGAAUGAUAAUAACCAACUACACAUAAUAAGAGUACAUAUAUAAAUAUAUAUGCUGCGCUAUAACAACCAACAACAAGAAAAUCAACAGCAGAAAGCAUAAACACACACCACACACACCACAAAAAUACACAGAGAGUAAUACUAAAAAAUUCGAUAUAAACUGUAAUUGUAAUGUAAUUAUAAUGUAAACAGCAAAAGCAAGCAACAAUAGUUCAGAGAAACGAUAACCAAAUACCCCGCAAAAAAUGCAGCAACAAC